AUGAUUAACAUUGAUGACAUUGAAUCCAAAUAUGACUCGGAUGGUUCAUUUGAAUUGAAGAGUCAAAGUCAAUCCAAUGAAGAUGGGAAUAAUAAGACAAGGAGGCCUAGAUUUUCAGUUUUUAAUGAGCAAACAGACAUGAAGAAAUCAAAGUUUGAAAUUGGUCUGAAGUUCACAUCAGUCAUUAUAUUCCGGUUGGCUGUAAGAAUCCAAGCAAUUAUGGAUGGGAGAGAUGUGUAUUUCAAGAAAAAUGAUACACGGAGGGUGAAAGUGAAAUACAGAAGUUGUGACUGGCAGCUAUUUGGAUCUAAAAUGCAAGAUGAAAAUACCUUUCAGAUAAAAAUAGUUAGUGAUGAGCACACUUGUGAAAGAGUGUUCCACAAUAAAAACAUGAUAUCUAGGUUGGCUAGCAAACUAUUUGUUGAUAAAGUAAGGAAAACGCCAUCUAUGACAGUGCAUGAGUUGAUGACCAAAGUAAAUGAGGAGUUAAAUGUUGAUUUCAGCCUUAAGCAAGAGUAUAGAACACUUAGAAAAGUUAGAGACACUAUUCAGGGGUCCUAUGACAAACAGUACACCAUGUUGGAAUCAUUUUGUGGUGAAUUGAGGAGGGCAAAUCCGGGAUUUACUGUGUUUAUUGAGAUUGAUAUAGAUGAAGAUGGUGUUUCUAGGUUUAGAAAGCUGUAUAUGUGCUUAGAACCAAUAAAGAGAGAUUUUUUAGCUGGUUGUAGAAAGUGGAUUGGGUUAGAUGGUUGCUUCCUAAAAGGUCCAUAUGGUGGGCAGCUUUUGUCAGCAGUUGGAAUGGACGAUGAUAACAAAAUGUUUCCCUUGGCAAUGUCAGUUGUUGGGGCAGAGAAUUAUGAUAACUGGAAUUGGUUUUUAGGAUUGCUUGUACAAGAUUUAAAAAUUGAAGACUCUAGUUGCUGGUGCAUUAUGACUGACAAACAAAAGGGUCUACUUCAGGCUGUUAGAGACAAACUUCCACAAGCUGAGCAUAGGUAUUGUGUCCAACACCUUUACACUAACUUCAAGCAAAUGCAUAGAGGUCUUGCUCUUAAAGACAGGCUUUGGAGAUGUGCAAGGGUUUCAUAUAUGACUCAAUUCAAAGCAAAAAUGGAGAUAAUGAAUCAAGAAUCAAAGGAUGCAUAUGCAUGGUUGGAUGAAAAGGACCCCAAUACUUGGUCAAUGGCUCAUUUCAAGAUUGGAUUGGAUUGCAAUAUACUGGUUAAUAAUAUGUGUGAAUCUUUUAAUUCAGUUAUUUUAAAGGCACGAUCACUGCCUAUCAUAGGUCUCUUAUGUCCAGCAAUUUUUGACAUUCUUGAGAAGGCCAAGAAAGAGCAAUGCAUAUGCAUCUGCUAUUACGCUGGCACAAUGAAGUAUCAGAUAUGUUAUCCUUUUGGUGACCAGUUUGUCGUUGAUUUGGGGAGCAAGACCUGCACUUGUAGAAAAUGGCAACUGAGGGGAACCCCAUAUGGUCAUGCAGUGGCUGCUAUUUAUAAGAGACGUGACAAGCCAGAAAAAAAUGUGGCACCCAUCUACUGGAAGAGUACAUACAUGAAGAGUUAUGAACCUAUGUUGAAUCCAAUCUAUAGACCUAAUCUGUGGGUCCCAGUAGAUUUACCACCAAUGAAGCCUCCAAAAUAUAGGAAAACACCUGGAAGGCCAACAAAAGGCGAGGAAAAAGGGACCAGAUGA